GAUUAAAGGACUCAAUAAACUGAAACAUCUAUAAUCCUUAUGUAUUAUAAGGGCAAAGUCUUUUUCUCUAGUGAUAAAAGUUUCCUUGCAGAGUGAGGAUCCUUUCACAGGAAAAACAUACAACAAGACAUACAAGGAAUACAAGAUAUUCAGAUAUGGCCACGCCAGAUCCUGAUUUGAUUUUAAGUAGCCUGGUAACUGUGGAAAAGGACAGUGCAGAAAUUGAAUAUUUGCUUUGGUUUUACCGUGUGGAAGAUGCUUCUCCCUGGACCUAUGCAAUUUUAGCUUUAUGUUUUGUGUCACUCCUGGUGGGUUCCCUCAUUCUGGGAAUAGGCAUAAUGGCAAACAGGAAUAGGAAGAGCAUAGCAAAAUACAGAUCAUCAGCUGGUGAAGAAAAAGUUAAAAUGUUGAAUCAAGCAAUAAAUGGCAAGCACCCUUUACCCUCUUGCACAGAAGCUGAUCCUGCUGAUUCAAUAAACAUGGCACUUAAAGCAAAUCUUCCUGACUAUUUUACAGAAGGCAACAUCAUCAUACAUUGGAAAGAUGGAAAUGUUACAUCACUUUUUACCAACCAAUCAGAGGAAGCUGUGUAGCUAGUCAAAACCAGGGGCAUGGAAACAGUCACCAAAAAUGUUUCUUUACUUGCCUUCUUCUGAAGUAUUCAUUCAGUGUUGUCUAAAAUGCUGGACAACAAUUCCUAACAGAUGGCUUCCUUUAUGAUUUACUCUGUUUUUUCUAUUCAUAAAAUUAAGAGUUUCAACCUAAUCUAUUUAAACCAUAAUCAGUUCAAGUCAUAUUACUGUAAUUACAGUAUAAAACAGGACAACCUCAAUGCAAAUAAAGUACUGUUUUUUUGUGAACACCAAAAGCAAUUGUGUCAAAAACCAACAUUUAAUUUUGUGUCUAUUUAUACUGCAAAGAGCAAUCCUUUCACUAUAAUAUUUGACUAAGAAAUGUUCUUUUUAUGUUAUGAGCUUAGUGUAAGACACUUAAACUAACCUAACACCAAACAUGUAUUGACUCAUUUUGGGGAUAUCAAUAAAAUGCUUUACAAUUUUAGAGACCAUUGAUUUUAAUUAAUAAAUAUAAAAAAAAGAUACUUUUGUGCAAAGAAAAAUUUAACCAACUUAUAUGUGCUAUGUGAUCCCACACAAAUAUUUUCAAUAAUUCACUUUUUGAAUAUAACAUAUUCACACUGUGUCAAAACAUAGAAAGGG